GUAAUUUUGCGCCUACUUGUACUUCAAUUUAUUAGGACGUCGCGAAAACACCGAGCCGCCGCGACAACUUGCUGUUGGACCCACACUCGACAGUUCGGAACGAAUGGCGAAGACGAAGACGAAGUCGCCUGCCAAGCCGGCCCCUGCGGCUCCGGCGAACCUGGACACUGAGGUCGCGAAGAAGUUUGUGGAGCUGAAGACUGAGGGCAACCAGGCGUUCGCGCGUGGCGACUACGCCAAGGCGCUGAACGUUUACGACGAUGCGAUCAAGCUGCUGCCGACGACCGCCCCUGAGCGUGCCGAUAUCUACAACAACAAAGCGGCUUGCUUCAUCGGUCAGAAGAGGUACAAGGAGGCUGUGAAGGAAUGCACCAGCGCGCUGGAGGUGGCGCCCAACAGCGUGCGCGCGCUGCAGCGCCGCGCCAAGGCCUUUGAGCAGCAGGGCCUGUACAAGGAGGCUCUGGCCGACGUCACCGCCAUCAACAAGACAGACCUGGCCUCGCCCGAAACGCAGGAGCAGGAGCGCCGCCUGCGCGAGGCGGCCGCCCGCGGCGGCGCCGCGGGCGCCGCCGCCGCGCGCCCCCGCUCUGCGGUGGCGCCCGGCGCCCGCGCAGCGGGCGCCGGAGGCGGCUCCGCCGUCGCGGCCGCAGCUCAGAACAACAAGCUUCAAAACCUGCUGCAGCAGGGCGUGUUUGUGGCCAAGGCCACGCUGGGCGACGACACAAAGCUGGUUCACCUGUCGCUGAGCAACAGCUACGCGGACGUGCUGGCGGCGGUGCAGCAGAAGUUCCCCAGCGCGGGCGCCUUCCUGCUCAAGUACGUGGACAAGAACGGCGACCUCAUCACCCUCACAUGCAAGGCGGACAUGCACACGGCGCUGGGCGAGCUGGUGCAGCAGUACCAGCGGCAGGUGCAGGGGCAGGGCGCGCACGGGCCCAAGCUCACCUCCUUCCCGCCGCUCAAGCUCAUCGUGCAGCCCUGCGCCGAGGCGGACGUGCCCAAGCCCCCCGUGGAGGAGGAGCUGGAGCGGGCGCAGCUGGCGGCCAUGCAGCGGGCGCAGCUGGCGGCGGCGCAGGCCAAGGUGGCGGAGGCGGGCGGCGCGGGCGAGGAGGCGGCGCACAUGGACAGCUGGGUGAUGGACUUCGCGCAGCUGUUUGUGCAGCAGACCGGCCUGGAGCCCGACAAGCACAUUGACCUUCACAACAUGGGGUGGGAGGCGGUGACCAAGGCACUUGACAGCACCAUUCACGCCGAGGCCGCCACGCCGCUGUUCGCCAAGGCGCGCGACUCCUUCCGCGACGUGGCCGCCACCGGCCUCACCGGCUGGGGCCAGGUGCACCAGCUGCAGGGCAACCGGCUGCUGGAGGCGGCGGGCCGCGCCGGCAAGAAGCUGGAGGAGGUCAAGUCGGCUGUGGAGGCGGAGUUCGCGGAGGCCGAGAAGCGAUAUGGCGAGGCUCUGGCCUACAGCCCCGACUUCUUCGACGCCGCAGCCAACAUGUGCCAGCUGGUGUUCGAGCGUGCCAAGCUGGCCGCCGGACUCAUGCCGGCGCCCGAGCCGGAGAAGAAGUCUGAGGGCGAGGAGGCCAACGGCAAGGACGCCGGCAAGAGCCAGGAGCAGGUGGCGGCGGAGCAGUCGGAGGCGGCGGCGGCCGCCACCAAGGCGGCGCUGGCUAAGCUGACGGCGGCGGGUGUGGAGGGCGCCAAGGCGCUGUACGGCAGUGCCAUGUCGUGGGCGGACAAGGCGGUGGGGCUGGCGCCCAAGCACGACGAGGCGCAGGCGGCGCGGGUGGCGGAGGGCGGCGCGGCUGCUGCGGCCGCCAACCCCGGCGAGUUCAGCUUCAAGGCGCAGGCGCUGGUGCUCAAGGGCAACUUCAUGUACGAGUGGAGCCAGAUGCUGGCGGCUGUGGGGCGGCCGGAGGCGGAGUGGCGGGCGGAGCUGGAGGCGGCGCAGGCGCUGUUCCGCGAGGCGGGCUGCCCGGAGAAGGACAUCCGCAACGCGCUGCGGAACCACCUCAAGGCGCCGGAGCUGAACAUCCCCGCUGAGGAGGAGGAGCCGGCCAAGGAGGAGGCCAAGCCUGCCGCCGCAGCCGCCGCAGCCAAGGAGGAGCCGGCUGCUGAGGAGAAGCCCAAGGCCAAGGGGCUGCCCUCGCUGGAGGUGAAGAAGGCCAAGAAGUGAAUGCCGCUGGGCCACGGCCGCUGGAUCCCCAUCACCGAGGAGGGGCAGGAGCAGGUGGGCAGCAGAGCAGGCGGCCAGCGGGCGCAAGUGAUGGUGCCGAUGCUCCAGCAGAAGCAGAAGCAGCAGAAGCUGAUCCAGCAGCAGCAGCAGCAGAAGCUGAUGGAGCAGCAGCAGCAGCAGCAGAAGCUGAUGGAGCGGGAGCAGCAGCAGCUGCGGCUGCGGGAGAGGAAGCUCGAGCAGGCUAAGGGCUACAGCGACCGGGAGGGCGCAGCAGCAGGGUGAGGAGCGCGACCCGGAUGCGGCGGGUCCGGGCGCGAGGAGGAUGGUGGCAUUAGAGUGCAAGCUCGGCUGCGUGUGGCUUGUGGCAGCGAUUGCUGCGUCUUUGCAACGCAACGGGUUGGACAACUAUAGGCGGUUGGACGGUUGAGGACUCGGGUGGAUGGGGGUGCAGAUUCAAACCUUGCACGCGUUGGCAACGCAGCUGCUUUGGCGGCUGCUGCUGUUGGCUUCAGGAUUUAGGGGCCACUUGCAGCUGGCUUGGCGCAUCUGUUGACUAAGCCAAGAUAGUGUUGGGGGCGGCUCGGCUGUAGCCGGGAUGGUUGGGUGGAGCACGGUCAGGCAGCGUGGUGUGCCGCACUGCGCACGGAGACGGGUGUUGCAGCAUUCAUGUGCUCGGCUUGGGCGCGGGUGUUGCUGGUAGCGCGACGCACGUGUUGUUUCUUUCGGACAAUCCCCCGGGCGGUGCGGGCGGACUAAUACCUUGACAGGCACUGAUCACGUUCUGAUAACUGACAGAACGUGUCUGAUGACUAGUCGUGUGGCUGUGUGCUAACUGCUAAGGCGGAUCAGGCUGCCAAGCCAAUCGAGUUUUCACAGGUUCGAUUUUGUGGCGGUGAGAGCCGCCUCACCCCGGUUAGCGCACGUGCUUGAGCACUGUGCCGCAUCAGGGUGCUAGGGCGGAUCCGGACGCGCGAUGAUGAUAUAUGCCUCUGGUGUGCGGCGCUGCUGUGUUUCCAUUCCCCGACAAACUAUAUUUGUUCGGGCAGAACUGUGAGGCAGGGUGGAGUACGGUAUUCUGAAAGUAUAUUUGCAGCCUUGCGGGCAACCAACAUAGCUCAUCCCAUGGAAGCGGCGGAUGCAGGCCUCUGGUUGCCCAUCACUGUGCGUCACGAGCUAGAGAUGAUGCUGCGGCGUAUAUCCGGCUAGAGUGCAUCGCGCGGGCAAGGUGGCAUGUCACAUUGGACUAUGAACAGGAAAGCAGCUAGUCGCAUGACGGAAGGAUACGGGUGUAGAUAGCAUACCGGUGGGGCGGCGCUGGGGCGGAUAUCAGUGGACCGUGGCUGCAUGGGAGACGUGCUCUGUGGCAGUGGCACGGGCCGUAGGGCUGCAAGGAACGGCUUGCAGCGCAGGACAGCGGACGCAUAAGUGUAAAAGCAGUAAAAU